AUUUAUCAAUAAAUUCCCGACAAUUUCUCAAAGAUUCCAAAGAUUUAUUGCCGACGCAACCCACGCGACAUUUCAUUCACGUUCACGUUCAGCGAUCAACGAUCUGAGAUUUGGAGAAUUUUCUCUUGAUUUUCGCGUCAGCCAACAAAUGAAUUUCAAAUGAAAGCAAUUUGAUUUAUUGCAAAGUGCAUAACAUUUGCCCCACAUUCAAGUGAUAUCCACUAAAAUAACGAACAAACUAAAGACCAGAGUUCAAACCGUUACCAAAACCGAAACCAAAACCAAAACCUCACCUCUGGGGAUCAUAUUUGGAGCACGGCAGCAUUUCUAGCAGUCAAAUUGACGGCGCUAGCAAGUGGAUUAAUUUGAAUUUCUUUCCAUAAACUAGAGCAUCGCAGCGCGCUUCACAGCCGCCGCAAGCUCAGAUACAGCCGCAACUUGGAUCUGCUUUCGCCACAGUUGGAAGAUACCGGCCUCAAGACGACGACAUUCUUGCAACACUUUAAGGACGUCGUCACGACGAAGUUCAACGGCAGGGAUCACCAUUUGCCGCCGCUACAUCCCGCGCAUCCGGCGCACCAGCAGUCCGCGCUGCAUCACCACCAUCAGCCGCACCAGGCUGUCGCCCAGAGCUUUUCCACCAUUUUUCCAACGUAUCUAGGCAUGGACCGCGCCGCCGCCGGCGGCUGUGGUGCUGCUGGUGGCGGCCUGGGCGUCGUCACCAGCUCGGCCACUGCCCUCGGUCCGGGUGGCAUUGCGGGCGGCGGCGGUGGCGGUGGCGUUGUCAGCGGUGCGCUCAACGGCUUGGAGGCCAUGUCCGCCGAAUCGACAGGGCUCUGCCUGCAGGAUUUGGUUAGCGCGGGCACCGCCAACGGUGCCGGCUCGGCGGGAUCGGCGGAGAGCGCAACCACCACAAGCACAGCGCUAAGCAGUGGCAGCUCCACCGUAAAUGGCGGCGGCAGCAGCGCCUCCGGUGCGGAUCAUCUGCACAGCCAUCACAGUCUACACGACUCCAGCUCCUCGGUCAGCAUCUCACCCGCCAUCUCGAGCCUGAUGCCCAUCAGCAGCCUCAGUCACUUGCAUCACACGGCAGCCGGUCAGGAUCUGGUCGGCAGCUAUCCGCAGCAUCCGCAUCAUGCCGUCGUGCCGCCGCACACACCGAAGCACGAGCCGCUCGAGAAACUCAGAAUUUGGGCCGAAACCGGUGAUUUUCGUGAUAGUCAUAGCUCCAUGACCGCCGUAGCAAAUAGUUUGGAUAGCACACAUUUAAAUAACUUUCAAACUUCAUCGUCAUCCACCUUAACGAAUCGAAGUCGGGAUCGCAAAGAUGGCAAUCGCAGCGUCAAUGAGACUACAAUUAAAACGGAGAACAUAUCAAAUUCUGGGCAUGAUGAGCCGAUGACCACCAGCGCCGAUGAGCCUAAGAAUGAUAAAAAGAACAAGCGCCAGCGGCGUCAGCGCACCCAUUUCACCUCCCAGCAGCUGCAGGAGCUGGAGCAUACGUUCAGUCGCAAUCGCUAUCCGGACAUGUCGACGCGAGAGGAAAUCGCAAUGUGGACCAAUCUAACCGAGGCCAGAGUUCGGGUGUGGUUCAAGAACCGGCGGGCCAAGUGGCGCAAGCGCGAGCGGAAUGCCAUGAAUGCGGCUGUGGCCGCGGCGGACUUUAAGUCCGGCUUUGGCACACAGUUUAUGCAGCCCUUCGCAGAUGAUUCGCUGUAUUCAUCAUAUCCGUAUAACAACUGGACCAAGGUGCCAUCGCCGCUGGGCACAAAGCCGUUCCCCUGGCCGGUCAAUCCGCUCGGCUCGAUGGUGACCAGCAAUCAUCACCAGAACUCGGUCAACUGCUUCAAUACGGGCGCCAGCGGUGUUGCGGUCAGCAUGAACAAUUCGAUGCUGCCGGGCUCAAUGGGCUCCACGCUGACCAAUACGAAUGUGGGCGUGGGCGUUGGCGCUGCACCCUGUCCGUAUACAACACCUGCGAAUCCGUAUAUGUAUCGUGCCGCCGCCGAGCCCUGCAUGAGCAGCAGCAUGUCCUCGAGCAUUGCCACGUUGCGGCUGAAGGCGAAGCAGCAUGCCACAGGCUUCAGCAGCCCCUAUUCGGCGCCAUCGCCAGUCUCGCGCUCCAAUUCAGCCGGUCUGUCCGCCUGCCAGUAUGGCGUGACCGAUGUUGUCUGAGAAAACGCACUCGGUGCUCUGCUCAAUCAGCAUCAGCACCACUUGCAGCACUUCUCCGGCCAGCACAAUGGCAAUGCCAUGCAGCAGCAUUUGACCGGCAACGGCAGCCACAGCCACAGUCACAACAACAACAACAUGUUGCACGGUCACCACCACAACAACAACAAUAGCCUGCUGCUGGAUCACACCGAUUUGGGCUUGGGCGGCGGAAGUGGAGGCGGCACUGACGACGGCGGCACAGUGACCCACAACGAUGACAACAACAAAUCGCCGUUAGGCGCCAACGGACUAAUGUCAGCUGCUGCUGCUGCUGCCGGUGGCACCUCCAGCGGCAAUGACAAUGGCGACGAUGUCGACGAGGACGUCAUCGAUUGAACGAUUGCCAAGUAUACACAUAAAACAAAAAACAUAAAUAUAUAAAAAAUAUUUAAAUCGACGUACUUAUAACAUAAAUAAUUAACGAUUUGUUAUUUGUAAAACUG